GAAGGGGCAUAAAAAUGAAGGUUGACGUUGUGGAUCCACCAGGAAAGGUGGUGAAGCUGGGAAACGUCUGCAUUGGACAGACGGUGAAGAAGAUGGUCACCGUAGCCAACAAGAGUGCAGCCCCUCUCACCUUUAAGCUGAGGGUCACGUCCACUGUGCCAGAGUUGCAGGAAGCUGGGGUUCUGUGCUUGAAGCCCAGCAAGGAUCUAAAGCUGAAGGGCAGAGGAGACACCUGCAAAGUGGAGGUGACCUUCUCCCCGAAGCGCCGCAUGCAGCCGUUCAGCGGGGAAGUGCUGCUGGAGUGCCGCGGGCUGGUGCGCUCCCUCUGUGUGGUGCGGGGCUCCUGCCAGGGCAGCCUCGUGAGCCUGGACCAGGACCAGCUCAGCUUUGGAGCCGUGGUGCAGCAGAGCUACACGUGCCGGCGCGUCGUCAUGCGGAACGCGGGCGACACGAGAGUCAGGUUUAUGUGGGACGUGGAGAGCUUCAAGCCAGACUUUUCCAUCAGCCCCACAAAGGGUUACAUCAGCCCAGGGAUGGAUGUCCCCUUGGUUGUGACCUUCCGCCCCUCGAAGCUGAGCCAGGCUGUCCAGUAUGAGGGGCUGCGGUGCUUCAUCCAGGGCAGUGAGGCGCUGCGGCUUACGCUGGCAGGAUCCUGCGUGGAGGCCCCUGGCCCCAAAGAGACGCUGACUUUCAGCUGCCAUGUGCGUGAGAGGCAGAGCCAGACCAUCCUCCUGUCCAACCCGAGCAGCGAGGCCUGGACCCUGCAGCCCAUCAUUGAGGGGAAAUACUGGAAAGGGCCUGAAUUUAUCCAUCUGGAGGCCAGGCAAAAAGAAAAGGUCUACCAGGUCACCUACAGACCCCUAACCAUGAGCUCUGAGAACAAGAAGCACCAGGGCUCCAUCUUCUUCCCCCUGCCGGACGGGACAGGCUUACGCUACCACCUGGAAGGAACUGCUGAAGCCCCCAGGUGUUCAGGGGCCAUUUCCCGGCAGGUUCCAUGCAGGAAGUGCCACAUGGAGCUCAUCCCUGUGUCCAACUGGCUGCACAGACCACAGAGGUUCCUGGUGGUUAUUGACAUGCUCAAACCAGAGAACCUGGAAAGCAGUUCUGUGCUGCAGGGGUGUUCCUACAUGGACGUGCCAAGCUCUGCGAAGAAGGACUACCAGCUCACCUUCCUCUCCUACAAAGAAGGAGUCUUCAGGGCAAAGGUGACCUUCCUCAAUGAGACAACCGGAGAGUACUUGUUCCACAUGGUGACUUUCAAGGUGGUGGCUUCAGGACCCAUGGGCACUGUUCAAAUGAGCACCGCUGUUCGGCAGAGAGUGUCCUCCAGCGUCAAGGUGGACAACCCUCUGCCUGUCCCGGUGACAUUUGACAUCAACUGCAAAGUGCCCAACGUCAGCGUUCCCCAGCACUUUACUGUCCCUGCACAGUCGAAGGCGGAUCUUGUCUUGGAGUAUCAGCCCCUGCAAACGGGUGAGAGCAGCGGGCAGCUGGUGCUCCAGAGCAGCGACUUGGGCUCUCUGUUUUACACCCUGCAGCUGAAAGCCACCUGGAGCAGGCCAGAGAAGCCCGUGUAUUUCCGCACCAGGCUGGGCUCCCGUCAGACCAUCACCACCAAAAUACGGCAUUUUGCCCAGCAGAAGACCGAGUACCUCGUACAGACCGACUGUGCCGACUUCCAGACGGCAAAAUCCAUCAGUGCGGCACCCGCCAGUGCUGGGGGCUCGGACCUGAGCGUGGAAGUGACCUUUGAGCCCUGCCACCUGGGCGAAGCCAAGGCCACGCUGCAGCUCAGCUCUGCAUUGGGCGGGCAGUACUGCAUCCCACUCAUCGGCCUUGCGCUGCCCCCUGAAGCCCAGGGCCCCUUCCUCAUCCCAGCCGGCGGCACCACCUCCAUCUCCUUCAGGAACGUCUUCCGGAAGGCCACGGCGUUCCAAUACGCAGUGAAGCACCCGGGCUUCACCGUCAGGGCCCCCGAGGUGCUGCGCGCCAAGAGCAGCACCACCAUCACCGUCUCCUUCGCGGGCGGCCCGGCUCCUGUCACCAGCAGGCUGGUGGUCUCCUGCCCUGGGGGCUCCUGGAUCUACCACCUCCGGGGCCUGCCCUCCCCCCGCAAGUGAGCAGCUGCCCCCGGCCCUUCCUGCCACGUUCGUGCUCUCUGGAGCAAAUAAAUGUCAUUUAACAUCCUCCCACACGACGUCCUUGUCUCUAAAUGGGAGAGACGUGAAUUUGCUGGAUGGACACCCGGUGGACAAGGAAUUGGCUGGAUGACUGCACGCAGAGAGCUGCGGUCAGUGGCUCUAUGUCCAACUGGAGACCAGUGAGGAAUGGUGUCUCU